CUCUUCAGACUUCCAGCAACACCAGACCUUCAAGAUGCCCCCCGAAACAACCACGAAUGGCCAGCCAAAGCAGUUCAAUGUGAUCAUAAUAGGCGGAGGAAUUGCCGGUCUAACUCUCGCACACUCCCUCGACCGUGCUGGAAUUUCAUACACGCUGCUAGAAAAGCAUCAUGAUUUCCGACCACGACUUGGCGGUGUCCUUGUCAUUGCGCCGUCGGGGGCACGCAUCAUCGAGCAGCUCGGCCUAUACGAGGCAAUGAGCGAGGUUUCAGAGCCGAUUACCACGCCGCGGACGGGGUUUCCGGAUGGACGGUGCUCGAGUCAGAAGUGGCUGCCUGAGUUGGAGAAGAGAUAUGGGUAUCCGGUGAAUGUUAUAACCCGGCAGAAGAUGUUGGAGGUGCUGUAUGAUGGCCUGCGGGAGUCAGCCAAUGUUUUAGGAGGGAAGAGGGUGACGGGAAUUUAUCACAAGGAAUCAGGAGUCGCCGUGCACACGGCUGAUGGCGGAGUAUAUAAGGGCGAUUUGGUCGUCGGGGCAGACGGUGUGAAGAGUAUCGCCCGUUUGGAUAUGUUGCAGGCAGCAGGGAAGAGUGCAAUUAAGGAGGCAGCUAGUAUUUUAUAUAUAGGCCUCGCGUCGGAAUAUCGGGUGUUUAUCGGCAUGUCGAAACAAAUAGCUGGCAUACGCGCUGGAGAGCAAAUAGUCCGCUGUCACGAUGGAUUCGCAAUAUUCAUCUUCUGUGGUAAGGAUAGUGAAAUUGGCUGGUUUGUGGUCAACAAGCUGGAUCGACGAUAUCAAUAUCCCGAGAAGCCUGCCUAUUCCACGACCGACAACGUCAGGUUCUGCGAGAGUAUAGGAGAUGCGCAGAUAUGGGGUGAAGUGCGGUUCAGCGAUAUAUUCAAUGCUAGGACAUCAUUUUCUGCUGCACUGGUGGAGGAAGACGUGUUCCAGACGUGGCACGAUGGCCGGAUUGUGUGCAUUGGCGACAGCAUCAGCAAGGUAGGCUUGCAAGAAAUGACAAUGAAAGACACUGACAGAGUAAGGCAAGUCCAAAUACAGGACUCGGCGCAAGUAUGGCCAUGGAGAGUGCAGCCGCACUUGCAAGUCAACUACAUCAGCUCGUCCACUGCACGCAAGGAAAGCCGUCUGAUGCUGCUGUAG